AUGUUUCUGUCUCUUCCUAUGUCGACUGUUCUUAUUCCAUUUGUUUCUUUAGCAGGACUGUUCUACUUAGCCUCUGUGGAAGAAAAGUUCUCACAGGGCUGCUCUAACACAACGAGCCUUAGCUUUUAUACUCCGCUCUUGCCUAUUACCGUACCAGUGUAUGUGUUCUUCCACCUUUGGACUCAGAUGGGUGUUAAACGUUUCAGACAUAAUUAA